CCACGAGUAAAUCGUCGAACUUGGGAAAAUCAAAGAUUUCAUUUAAACGCGUUUGUUUUACAUUAUUGUUUCAUAUUGAUAUUCGUCAUUGGUUUCGUGCCCCACGGGGUUUAAGACGAUGGACAAGUUUUGACUUAUGAAAUUCGCGACAGAUUAAACAUUAUAAAUAGUACGGUAAAAGAAUCAACAAGAACUAAUGAAAAAAAAUUUAUCCAAAAUUUUGUAAACUUUCGAAGAUCGCAAUGCAGUAUAUUAUUUCAAUUGAUCUCUUGAUUUUAAUUCCCAUCGACUUUGCAAGAUAUAAAAGGAAGUAAAAUAUUUCUUUCUAAUAUAAUUUUAAUUAUGAUCUAACCAUGAAUUAUGAUAUUCAUGUAAUCUAUAUGGUAUUAUAUUCUUUCGUUAGGCAACUUUAAUGUAAAUCGAAAUACAAAAAAAUGCCAUUCAAUUUCAAUCUUUACUAUUUUUUAAAACGAAAAAAAGAUCGGUCUAGAAAAUGUCCAUCCUAUUGGCCGAUCGAACGAGGAUCAUUGCGAUUUAUAGAUCAUAACAAGAAAGAGCUGAAACUUUUUUGUUUGUUUUCCAAAGAAUUCAAAGUCCUUAAGGGAAAAAACGAGGCUAAUUUUGUGACAGUUCGAGAGGGACCUCCUAGACAAUGCAGAUUCAAUUAAAGUCUCCUGAGCGCGAAACUUUUCCAAUCAAAGUGGUACAUGCUCCGUGGCCUGUUCUUUUCUACAGAUGAACCAAAGCAGAAGCGAAAGUCCUUCUGUCCACAAGACUUUUUUCCAAUGAAAUUUUCUUCCGAAGACCUAACGUGAAAGGAUACGGUUAUAUUCUACGACAGCCGUCAGCUCAACAGCUUUCGACUUCGACUGAUUUCCUCGAACUUUCCUUUUUAAUACACUCUUGAGACUUAAGAAACUCUAAUGAGCAUUAAUAAUAAAAGGUUUUCAUGUGUUAACGAGAAGUGAAAAUGAAAGUAAUAACGUUUUAUUAUUUAAAAAUGCUUUCCACAAUGCCAAGCGUAAUUUUGAUGAUACAUACUAUAAAUACGUACAUGGAGGUUGCGUUCUGACUGUUAUGGUUGCUAGAGUAACGACAAGCGAUAGAUCAAACCGUUUUCACCGUUAAAAACGUUUCUCAGCAACCACUCCACUUGGUGAAGUUUAUGGUGCUCGUAUAAAACGUUUGUUAUAUCGAAAUCGAUCAGUAUAUGAUAUACAUCACAAAAAUGUUUAUUUUAUUUUGGAUAUCUCGAAAUUCGUCAAAAACACGUCAAGAUCAAGAAGUAUUUCACUAAUGAUCGGCAUCGAUCGACUUGUUGAAUUUCUUUAAAUUAAGAGAAAAAGAGAGAGAGAGAGAGAGAGAGAGAGAGAGAGAUCGAUUAAUUGGACGGUACUCGAUGGCCGAAAAGAAAGUAAAUAAUUUAUCCGAACUUUCCUCUUCAAAAGUGGCUGCUCUUUCGAUAAUAUUCGAAGACUGCACGAAUGCGCUCGUUAUUUAUCAAAAAACUCUCAAACAGAUUUUUAAGCGAUCGAAGAACACGACCGUCCCUUAUAUUCUUUACGAACUCGAAAAUUUGGAAACAACAGACAAGCAAGUACUUAAUGAAGAUAUGAAAAAAAUGAUAAAAGAUAUGCAGGAACAAGCUACAUAUAACAAACUACAUAACGAUAGCCUAUACAUAAGAGGAAUUAUGGAGGAAUUGAAGGAAGAAAUACGCGAAUAUGGUAGUUUCGAUGUGUUGACCAAAGAAAUUGAAAGAAUUGUGACCCAGAGAAAAGAGGAGGAGACUUUAUUCGAGGAAUACACAGCGAUGAAGAAAACUGCAAUGAAGCUUCGACAAACUAUCGCCAACGAAAAAAUGAGCAAUGAAGCGGAGAGAACCCGUCUAAGGAAUAUACUACUCGACUUAAAGAAUGAAAAUGAAAAACUGAAAAUAGUUAACGACAUUGAACAUAAAUAUUCGAGUAAGUGGAAUAAAGCUAAGUGUCAACAAAAUUCGAUCAAGUGUAAUGAAGAAUGGAAAAGAUUUAAAAAAACGCUCGAUGAUCUUCACGAACGUGAAAAAAUGGAAGAAAUGGUAUUUACCGAAUUGAUUACGUUUCUUAUCCAGGAUAUCGCGAGUAUCGAAGAAAAGAUCGAAGAAUGGCAGAGACGGUACGAUCAAGAGAAGAAAAUUUAUGAGAAGGAAAUCUGUGAAGUGAACAUAGAGAUAGAAACUUGACAAAAAGACUUAGCUGAACUUUCACAAGAGUAUAAAGAAAAGCAAAAAUUUAUAGACGCUUACCUCGCGGAAAAGGAAGCAUUGAAAAAACAGAAGAAACACGAACAGCAUGUGCAAGAAUGUGCCAUCAGGAUCCAAGCUUUGUGGCGUGGUGUUAUGGUGCGCCGGAAGUUGGGUCCGUAUCGACCUGAAGAGAAAAAAAAGAAACGUCAACUUAAAGCGAAGAAAUAA